CACGCGUCGCUCACCUCAGGUGUCUGCCUGGUGGUCAACUUCAGCUGAGUUCACGCUGAAUUCUAUUGCCUUGCCGUCACAUCCGCAAGUUGAGCACGCCCAGAAUGAAGCUCGCAAGUUCUUUCGGGCUCAUUGCCCUUUGUUUCACCAUGGUGCUCUGCCAGGAGUUUCCUGAAUGCACCAAAGAACUCCUCAGGACCGACGACUGCGCCGAUGUGAUCAAUCCGGCUGCCUGCUACAACCAGUUUCGGUGGAAUACUCGUACCUUGCAGUGUAUCGAUGGAGCCAACGACUCAGAGAGACGGAGAAAGGCUUGCAAGUGCUGCAGCUGCGUAGGAACUGUCAUGUGCAACUGGGUGAGGCAGAACCGCUACUGCAACUAAAAGGGGAGGUCGGGAAGGUGGUACGGGCCUACCUUGGGCAGUGAACUCUUGGAGGCUUUGCUGGAGAGAAGUGGCGAAUGCAUCAGGAAGGAGAGAGAAAAGCACCCGACGCCCCCCAAGUCUCAAGAGUUAUUUGGGCGCAUGCUGUCACUCUCAUCUGAUCUCCAGACUCCACGUUACGAUUGUCGAGACCCCAUGACCUCACAUAGGGUUAUCGAGAACUUAGUGAAGUGUAUCGCAUGUGUAGGCAGCAAGUCAUUACAUCCAGUCUAGGGCACAAGAGCUUUGUUUUUGGAACUGGUACCUUCUCGGCGUCAGUUACAAACCCUAGUCGC